AUGACGUCCGGACUCCUCGUCUCGCAACUCGCCCUCUACGCCCCCCUAACACUUCCAACCUUCUACCUCGUCUUCAGCCAUGGCCGCCACGGCCUCCUCGCCUGGCUCUACCUCCUCGCCUUCUGCGUUCUUCGCGUGACCGGGGCCGCCAUGGGCCUCCACAACCCGCAUAACACCGGCGCCCAGAUCAUAUCCAGUAUCGGGCUCUCACCGCUGCUGCUUUCGAUAGACGGGGUGUUGCAUGAGGCGAGAGUCUACUGUUUAUCCCCUAAUAAACGAACUGAAUGGACGUUCAUGGCGCUCAUCCAUGUCCUCGUGGCGACGGGGGUGGCAAUGGUUGGGGUUGGUGCAGGCGGGCUUCUGGGCGAUACGCCACAGCCCAAUGAUUUAUCCAAUAUCAAGGUCGGCAUGGUGCUGUUGGAGGUUGCGUGGGGCGUGCUCGCUUUGUGGGGACUGUGGACUCGUUGGAAUGGGAGGGGUGCACCAGCGAGCUUGGCCGGGAGGGAGGGGUGGUUGGUGCGUUCAUCCCUUGCCAUCUCCCAGAUCGUUGAUACUAUCUGGAUUUGGAUCCAUACGGAGGAAUGGCAAGGCACAGCUCCUAACCGGCACCCUCCUCGCCCUUUCCCUCGUCGAGAUUUCAGCAAUCUACAUGCUUGUCGCGCAACUUACUCAACACGCGGACCUAAACCCGACGACAGGGAGUUUGGCGGUUCGUGUUGUGUUGGGGUUUCUCCCCGAGCUGCUCGCGGCGAUGGUUUUGGUGUUUGUUGGGAUUAUGACCAGGGAAGUGGGUAA